GACAGAAUCGAGUGACGUCAGGUUUCAGGAACGAGGAAGUCGAGGCGCGAAAUUUCGAAGCUGUUUUGAAAAGUGAUUUAAACGAAAUGGCUAAAAAUUACUCAAAGUCAAGACUGAAAAGAAAGAAAUCUUGUGUUACAGAGUACGAGCCGGAAAUAUCCUCCCGGGCACCACCGAGGAAGAGUCCUCCAACUCUGCCGCCGGCUGACUGUAACGUUACCGUUACCGUUACCGCUGAGGCUGACCGGUCAGUGGCUCCUGCAGCAGUGUGGUGGAACAGAGAGCAGCUGCCUGCUGUGGAGACUCUGUACGCGUUGACGCUGAAGUCUGCUCUGCAGCACCUGGAGAACCAGCACUGGGACCUGGUUCCUGAUCUUCCAGUUCCAUCUACAGCAAGAGACGCAUCACAACAGGUAGAUGAACAGCAGUGGUGUGACCUCAAUGAAGAGGUUCCUCCCUUUCCUGAACCAAACCAGCCAGAUCCACUCAGUCUCAACUCCAGCCAGCAGACCCGGCAGGACGAGUCAUCCUCAGCCGGACCCUCCAGUGUCAGAGAAGAAGAGGGAAGAAGAGCGGGAGAACAUGAAGAAGAGGAGAAGGAGAAGAGAGAAACCAGACUGGUCAACAAACAGCCUCUCACUAACCAGGGGAAGGUCUUCGACAGCCGAGCUCCUCCACAGGAGGAGGGCCGAAAUGAGGAGGAGGAUGUGCAGAGGAGUGGCAGAGGAGAUGAAGGAGUAGCAGCAGGAGGACGACUGCAGACCUGCCCCAUGUGCCUGCUGGUGUUCCCUGCUGGGUUCACACAGAUGGACUGUGACAGCCACCUGGCCCAGUGUCUCUCCGAGAUGAACGUGGACAUAACCUGGUGAGUCGGCAGAACGCUGGCCGCCGUCCAGGAGAUACAAGCAGCCCAGAAGCCGCCACGCUGGUGCAAGACGCUCACUAUUCACUGAGCUUCUGACAGCACACACAGGCGUCCAGUGGGUGAGGGUCUCUCACACAGUCAAGACGUGAUGACAGGGUCAGGGUUGGUGUGUUCCACACAGUGAAUUAGAUAAAAGUUUGGUUUCAUUUCGCCAGAUCAACCAAACCAAAUGUGUCUCUUCUGGAGCCUUUGAUUCCAGCUGGUGGAGAGGAUCUCGACACUAAAGUGAAAACCCAACCUGCCUCAUCCUCCAGAUGAGAGACCGAAAUGGAACUGAGUCACAUCCUCCUCACAAAGCCAGCAGCUGCUUUCACAAAAACCUAUUAGACCAGCCGUUUUGGACAUUUGUUUCUUUUUGAUAUUUCAGUUUCACAGAAAUAAUGACAAACUACUUUCAGGCCUAAACAGUUGCCAAACCUGCACCGAGGCCUGGACACGAUCAGACCUCAGUGGAGUUAUAUUAUGAUCAUUAUUAAAGUUCAUGAUUUCAAGCUAAAUGAGCAAAGUUAGUGUUUUUUCAACAGUGUUAACAGUUCAUGGUAUUGGGCAUCAAGUUGAUUAUUUUAGUGAUUUUGAAAAUCACUAUUUUUCCAAUAAUGAUCAUUGUUAAUUGAAUUUUGAAGUGUUUUUUUGCACACUUGGAAAAGAGUUUGAACUUACUAGACAGCUUUGUUCAGCUGGAUGUUUUCACACCUGACCUGCUGGGUUUGUGGUCUGACAGCAAACGGUUCAGCUUUUGAACUCGCUUGAUUGUGAAGUGAUCUUAUAAUCCUCCAUCUGCAUAAGGAAUUAUUAUAAAGAGCAUUGGUAUGAUAACAAUGAUGCUUAUAAUCAGUUAUUUCUUUGAAAGCUCUUUGACUGUGACGGCCCCUCUCUGACCUGUCUCAGGAGUGUUGAUGCUGGUGUGGUAAUGUGUUUAUCAUAUUUUUGUCUAUAAAGGGAGACCUGGGAGAGUGUGGGUGUGGCAGGAGCACCUGUACAUAAUGCUGCCAUAAAGGAUAAAAGGCUCCCAGCGUUGUUCGGUCUCUAACCUCGACUCUCUCACCAGCCAGCAGCCGCCUUUUGUUUUGUUUGAUUCUGGUUUUGUUUUUACUUCACAACACUUUACACUUCAUUACUCACACACCCACACUUACAUGACUGAUGUUACUGACCAACACACUCUAUAUUUGGAAAUUACUGCUUCAGUUGUUUACUUUGUUAUAAUAAAUAUCUUUACUUUAUUGCCA